AUGCAGCUCCGGGAAAGUAAGGCCGCCGCGGCUGCGGCUAUAUUAUGUGUCCUGAACUACGGAUGGGAACUAUUACAAUUUAUAACAUCAAAAACUUUUCUUAGACCAAAGGUAUCUUCCACAAAGGUAACAAACUGGGUCGACCCAUCAUUUGAUGAUUUUCUAGAGUGUAGAGGCAUCUCUACUAUUACUGCCACGUCAUUAGGCGUGAAUAACUCAAGUCAUAGAAGAAAAAAUGGACCUUCUACAUUAGAAAGUAGCAAAUUUCCAGCGAGAAAAAGAGGAAAUCUGUCUUCCUUAGAACAGAUGUAUGGUUUAGAAAAUUCAAAAGAAUCUCUGUCUGAAAAUGAACCAUGGGUGGAUAAAUAUAAACCAGAAACUCAGCAUGAACUUGCUGUGCAUAAAAAGAAAAUUGAAGAAGUUGAAACCUGGUUAAAAGCUCAAGUCUUAGAAAGGCAACCAAAACAGGGUGGAUCUAUUUUAUUAAUAACAGGUCCUCCUGGGUGUGGAAAGACAACGACCAUAAAAGUACUAUCGAAGGAGCAUGGUAUUCAAGUACAAGAGCGGAUUAAUCCAGUUUUACCAGAUUUCCAAAAAGAUGAUUUCAGGGAGAUAUUUAAUACUGAAUCAAGCUUCCAUAUGUUUCCCUAUCAGUCUCAGAUAGCAGUUUUCAAAGAGUUUCUACUAAGAGCAACAAAGUAUAACAAGUUACAAAUGCUUGGAGAUGAUCUGAGAACUGAUAAGAAGAUAAUUCUGGUUGAAGAUUUACCUAACCAGUUUUAUCGGGAUUCUCAUACUUUACAUGAAGUUCUAAGGAAGUAUGUGAGGAUUGGUCGAUGUCCUCUUAUAUUUGUAAUCUCAGACAGUCUCAGUGGAGAUAAUAAUCAGUUAUUGUUUCCCAAAGAAAUUCAGGAAGAGUGUUCUAUCUCAAAUAUUAGUUUCAACCCUGUGGCACCAACAAUUAUGAUGAAAUUUCUUAAUCGAAUAGUGACUAUAGAAGCUAACAAGAAUGGAGGAAAAAUUACUCUGCCUGACAAAACUUCUCUAGAGUUGCUCUGCCAAGGAUGUUCUGGUGAUAUCAGAAGUGCAAUAAACAGCCUCCAGUUUUCUUCUUCAAAAGGAGAAAACAACUUAUGGCCAAGGAAAAAAGGAAUGUCUUUAAAAUCGGAUGCUGUGCUGUCAAAAUCAAAACGAAGAAAAAAACCUGAUAGGGUUUUUGAAAAUCAAGAGGUCCAAGCUAUUGGUGGCAAAGAUGUUUCUCUGUUUCUCUUCAGAGCUUUGGGGAAAAUUCUGUAUUGUAAAAGAGCAUCUUUAACAGAAUUAGACUCACCUCGGUUGCCCUCUCAUUUAUCAGAAUAUGAACGGGAUACAUUACUUGUUGAACCUGAGGAGACAGUAGAAAUGUCACACAUGCCUGGAGACUUAUUUAAUUUAUAUCUUCACCAAAACUACAUAGAUUUCUUCAUGGAUAUUGAUGAUAUUGUGAGAGCCAGUGAAUUUCUAAGUUUUGCAGAUAUCCUCAGUGGUGACUGGAAUACACGCUCUUUACUCAGGGAAUAUAGCACAUCUAUAGCUACGAGAGGUGUGAUACAUUCCAACAAAGCCCGAGGAUAUGCUCAUUGCCAAGGAGGAGGAUCAAGUUUUUGACGCUUGCACAAACCUCAGUGGUUUCUAAUAUAUAAAAAGUAUCGGGAAAAUUGCCUGGCAGCAAAAGCACUUUUUCCUGAUUUCUGCCUGCCAGCUUUAUGCCUCCAAACUCAGCUAUUGCCAUACCUUACUCUACUAACCAUUCCAAUGAGAAAUCAAGCUCAGAUUUCUUUUAUCCAAGAUAUUGGAAGGCUCCCUCUGAAGCGACACUUUGGAAGAUUGAAAAUGGAAGCCCUGACUGACAGGGAACAUGAAAUGAUAGACCCUGACAGCGGAGAUGAAGCCCAGCUUAAUGGAGGACUUUCUGCAGCGGAAUCUCUGGGUGAACCAACUCAAGCCACUGCGCCGGAAACCUGGUCUCUUCCUUUGAGUCAGAAUAGUGUCAGCGAACUGCCUGCUAGCCAGUCCCAGCCCUUUUCAGCCCAAGGAGACAUGGAAGAAAACAUAAUAAUAGAAGACUAUGAGAGUGAUGGGACAUAG